AUGGCCGCUUUUGGAAAGGGUGACUUGGGACAUUCCUCCCUGUGGCUAAGCCGAGGCCACUUGACACACCCUGGCAGUGCCGAGAGGAAUGUCAGCCACUCGAAAUCGACCUAUGAGAAAGCGGAAAAUACUGCCAUCCCAGUCUUCAUCAUGUUCGCCCCAGCGUUCGACCAUUCAUUCAACGACUUAUUUAACCAAUACGUCAACACAGACCCCUCUGCUAGUGGUGACGGAAAUAAGGACAUCCACUUCACUAGUAGCUUUGAUCAGUUUUUCUCUGUCGGCUCAUUUUCCAGUGACUGUGGCGAACUUUCACCCGCCGGACCCAAGCACUCCCAACAGUCAUCAGCGCAAAAUUGGCAUAAGGAUGCAUGGACAAUACAACAAGAUUCCCUAAAUGAUUUGCAGUUACAUCGGCCCAAACCUGUUCACGACACGGUACAACCCUCCCAGAUCGUCUCUGGCUUUAAUACUGUAAGCCUUGAAGAGUCUUCUCCCGAAGCUCUUGGUCUGUUGUCUACAUCACCAUCCUCUCCUCCCGCAACACCCAGCUGCAAAAUCCACUCCAAAAGUGCUCCAAUCACUCCUAAAAGCGUCCGCGUACGGAAGUCAAAUGAUCGUGGAAGUCUAUCUCGUAAACAAAGCUACUCUCCCAACUUGAUGCGCUCGCAUCUUCAGAGGUCGAAAAUGGCAUAUCCAGAAAACUGGUUAUUACGGUUGCAGCAUCUUAACGGUCAGUUGCCUGGUGCAGCCGACAGGCUUCCAUUAUCUCCUCCUCCAUCAGACAUUCUUGUUCAAAAUGAGAGCAUGCGACGUGAUAGUGGCAUUCAUCUUAACUCGAGUACGGAGAACCUUCUGCGAGAUGCAACGGAUUUCUCUUCUCACUAUGCAUCAGCCAUGUUUGCUAGCAAGAUGCAACAGCAGCCGGCUGGCUUUAUAAAUCAGAACACCUCCACGCCACCCCCUGUGGAUGACAUGUUCCAAACACCAUCCUCCUCAGACUCACAACAAUUACACGCGUGGCAUGCAGACGCCCUUGCGUCCACCUUCCAGCUGACGUCUGACAUCAACGGUCACGAUAGUCAUUGGUGGAGCUCACCAUUACCGACGCGGGUUUCGCAGCCUCAGACUCAGAACUCAUACCUAGUCUCAUCACUUGGCCACAAGUCGCCCAUGAAUCACCCUACCCACCAACAGCAACAACAGCAUGAUCUACUUCAAGGAGGCCUCAUGAUAGAUUUUGGCUCAACAUUCGGUCUUGGUGCUAAUGCAGAUGCAUUUUCAUCCGCCGCGCCAUUACAUUCCACAACUGCCACUCACAUUCCCACCACCUCUCAUCAACAACCCACGUUCUCACAUCACCCUUACGUUCCUACAUCACAGCCCGCUCACCAGCAACAAUUCAUCGCGCAGCCAUCACGUACCCCAUCAGUCUCCCCUACAAACAUGACAUCACCCAAGUCACGCGCUGCGCUGAAGAACAGUACCCCUCGACGAGCGCACGCGAGGAAGUUAUCUUCUAAUUCAAUAUCAACCCCUAAACCCGUCAAACUCAGCACACCAACCAAGGGAUCUUCCAAGGGCUCGGCAAAUGUGUCAUUUGUCAAUUUCACACCAGAGGAUAGCAAAAAGAUUCUCACAGGUGUCGCACCUAGCGGCAGCUCCAAGACCAAAGCUCGCCGAGAGCAAGAAGCUCGUGAGAAGCGAAGAAAACUCAGUGAGGCUGCCCUCUUGGCUGUCAGGAAUGCUGGCGGCGAUGUUGAAGCUUUAGAAGCCGUCCUGUGUUGAUCUUGUUACUAAUACGGAUAUUGUGUGUUUUAUCUAGCCUAAUUUCUACAUGUUUUGUACUGUACUAUGUUGUACUUAUAUACCUAUUUGAACUUUAGAGGGGCGGCGUUUAUGGUUGUUACUUGCUGUCAAGAUGUUAUAUAGAUAUAUUGCAUAUGUGUUACACUCAUC